AUGCCUGCUUCAAUCAUGGAGAGUCCGACAGUAGCUCUGUCGUUCGCAAACAACUUCUGGGGGAAGGACGAUGCUGGCGUUGGGCCUCUCCUCGACCGUAUGGCCGCAGCUAAGCUGACAUGCGAUGAACUAAAAGCAUUUUACAGUGCACGCGCCUCAAUCGAAGACGAGUACGCUCGGAAGCUGCUUUCGUUAUGCCGCAAGUCGCUUGGAUCCCAGGAGAUGGGGAGCCUGAAGAACUCCUUGGAUACCCUCAGAGGGGAGGUUGAAUCGAUGGGAAAGCAGCAUCAAAAUAUUGCUGCGCAGAUGAAAACCGAACUAGAGGAGCCACUCGCUGCAUUUGCAGGCGCCAUGAAGGAGAGGAGGAAGAUCGUCCAAAAUGGCAUCGAGAAGAUUCUCAAAACCAAGAUACAGCAGACGCAGCACGUCAACAAGACUCGAGAUCGCUUUGAGCAAGAAUGCCUCAAGAUCAAGGGCUAUCUCGCCCAAGGCCACAUGGUCAUGGGUCAGGAGGAGCGUAAGAAUAAGGCAAAGCUUGAGAAGACGCAAAUCAGCGUGGCGACCUCCAACACCGAAUACGAAAACGCAGUAAAGGCGCUCGAGGAUACUACCGUGCGGUGGAACCGUGAGUGGAAAGCAGCGGCGGACAAAUUCCAGGACCUGGAAGAGGAGCGACUCGAUUUUACAAAAAGCAGUCUCUGGACAUUCGCCAACGUCUCUUCCACUGUCUGCGUCAGCGAUGAUGCAUCAUGCGAGAAGAUUCGCCUCUCUUUGGAGAAGAUGGAUGUUGAAACAGAUGUUAUCAAUUUCAUCAAGGAACGGGGUACCGGGCAAGAGAUCCCGGAUGCGCCCAAGUACAUCAACUUCUGCAGAGGCGAUAUCAACGAUACCCAGUCAGAAACAUCUGACGACGACAAUUAUUCUGUGGCGCAGUUCCCCAGAAGCAUCAACCCAGCUUUCCGGUCCUCUUCGCCCCAACCCUCCACUUACGAAUCGCACCACGACCCGAAUUCCAGUCUUGCUCAAGAUUUGGGCCACAAGGAGCCAAUCCCGGCAGCUCCCAAACCAAUUGCGCCAGACACGGUACGCAAAGAAGCGAGUCCUUCUUCUGUGAGACAUAUGGUGCAGGGUGCAGGACGAAAGGCGAGCCCGUCAUCCAGAAGCUUCGCGUCGGAGGGCGGACGUAAGGACGUAGCCCCUUCGUCUAGGGGUUUCCUCCCGGACCUUGCUCACCAGGAUGCAGCUUCCCCCCCUCAAAGAGGUUUCAUUCCGGACCCUGGGUACAAGGAAGCAAGCUCUUCCCAAAGAGGUUUCUUGCCGGAGGCCGGGCACAAAGAAUCAGGCUCGAUGUCCUCUCAGAGAGGCUUCUUGCCAGAGGUCGGGCACAAAGAGACAGGCUCCAUGUCUUCUCAGAGAGGUUUUCAACCAGAUGUCGGGCACAAGGAAUCAGGCUCGCUCUCGAGAGGUUUUCUGCCGGAUGUUGGUCAGAAGGAAACUGGCUCCUCUCCGAGAGGCUUCCUGCCGGAUAUUGGUCACAAGGAGACUGUUUCCUCUCCGAGAGGCUUUUUGCCGGAUAUUGGGCACAAGGAAGCAGGCUCUUCUUCUAGAGGCUUUUUGCCGGACGUAGGGCCUAAGGAGCCUAGUUUCUCUCCGAGGAACUAUCUUCCCGAUGCCUCUACUAGAGAAGUCGCCCCUCCUGUGGCCAGGGAACCUCAGCCCCUUACGCAGAGAAUGCCACCGCCCCUCGAGAAACCUCGGCAACCCGCUCCGGUAGCUCACCAGGCGCCCCAGCAGUCAAGCCGCAUGCCCCUGGAUAUCAACCAGCACGGCACAUUUGCUGCUGUUCCACACGAUCCUUACCCGCUUGAUGGUAUGACAAUGCUGUGUCGUACAGGACCUGUUGGGCCUCCAUCGGAGCGCAGCUCGCAGCCCCCGUCAGCCAGACCAUCAAGCCGUGAUUCGCAAAGUGACUAUUCGAACCCGACCUCGCUCUCGAGCCAGGAGCCCCCGAGCGGUAAGGUAUCACCGGUCAAGCAGGAUCUUGUCAACACGCCGGCGACAGCGCCAGCACCAACGCCGACCGCAGUAGAGAAGCAAGUGCUCAAGAAGAGGAGCGGUUUCUUCCAGAAUCACAGCCCAUUCCGCCGCAAGAGCACCAAGGAUAUUCAGGGCUCGCCAGCGAACAGAAACACCUGGCAUCCUGUGUCUGCACAAGGAAGCCCAUCGCGUCGCCCACAAAUGCAAACGCAAGACACGCCAAACCUGCUGGCAGACAGGUCUACCAUCAGCCCAGAGCCUAUCGAUGCCAAUGCAAGCCUGGCGUUGAAUGUUGGGCAGAACGUUUUCUCGGUAACGACACCUGAUCUUGAGAAGAGGAAGGGCGCCAACACACAGAGCGCCCAGCCUGAAACGGACCCAAUCGCGUUGGCUCUCGCCGAACUUAAGGGAGUUGGCGUCGGCAAGCAAUCCAGCGUUCGUGUCUCGGCGGACCGUUAUCAUGGCAUCGCGACACCGACACCAGGCUCGCAGUCAUUCUCUAGAUCGGUGCCAUCUUCUGCGAGCAACAGUACGGUCACAGCUGGUCUGCGAGGAACACCGCCUCCGUCUUAUGACCAACAAGUUGUACAGAGGCUUGGAGUACCUCCACAGGCUGUAACGGCAAAGGCGAUGAAGGAAACAUCGCAGAAGUUCGCUAACCAGACUCGCAGCAUGUUCGAUCCAGCAAACCGUCCCGGGUCGGGCGGAUAUGCCGGGUCGUCCAGUUCUCGGCCGAUGACGAGGAGCAGUGAUGUACCUCGUGCAGCAUCCCCAGCACCACUUCGAGCUGCUUCCCCUAGGGCAGCGCCUGCAGAUGAUGCGCGCAACAGCUAUAGGGGCUCACCUCGCAGUGCCUCUCCAAGAGUCGCGCCAGCAGAAGACACCAGGAGUAGCUAUCGGUCUACCUCGCCCAACCCGCUUAGCUCUUCUCUGGGUAGAGGCUCGUCACAGAUGAGCAGCGCACCCAGAAGAGGCUCGGAGCAGCCGUACUACCGCCAAAACUCGCCAAGCAACAUGUCGAGAACGGCGUCUCCAGCACCCUACAGAGACCAGAUGCGGCCAAACAGCAGUCACGUCAACAAUAACAUGGCGGUUCAGCUUGCACCUGCAAGCGAUGACAACUACGGCUCGGUUCGUGGCCGAGGCGGCAACCGGCCAGGGACAAGCUCCAGCACCCGGCCAGGAACCAGCUCAAGCAACCGGCCGGGAACGAGCUCCAGCAACCGGGGUGCCAUGGGCCUGUACGAAGGAGGCGGACCGCCGGGACAGGGAGAGUCAAGACAGCGGAGUAAAAGCGUGGCAGACCCGUCUCGUCAGUAUACAAGCGAUGGGCGACCAAUUCUGCAUUUUGCAAAGGCUCUGUACAUGUAUCAGGCGGCGAUCCCGGAGGAGUUGGGUUUUUCAAAGGGCGAUUACCUCGCAGUGCUGCGGCAUCAGGAUGACGGAUGGUGGGAGGCCGAAGAGGUCCUGGUCAAGGCAUUUCGAGCGGCCACUUCCAAUACGGCACAGCGCACUCUCGUCAACCUGGCCCUUCUCGUAGGAGCGUCGCUAUUUCUGCUCCCGUUCGCUACGAUCGCAUCCAUCCUCUUCUUUCGUAACUACCUACCAGACCAGGUAGUCAGUUCUCCUAUCUAUCUCCAGUAUGGCUCAGGAACAGACCCAUUCGGCAUAGCAAGCAUCCCGAGCUCCAGCCUCAGGACUCAGCAAGAGUACGACGUGUCUAUCACGCUGUCGAUGCCUCGCUCACCCGCCAACACGCAACGAGGCAACUUCAUGGUCGCCCUCUAUCUUCUCGACGCAGGAUCCGUGUCAACAAUGAGCAGCCAGGCACAACCUCACCUCCAUCCCGAGCCUUAUGCCCACUUUGACGGGAAAUCUAUCCUGUUCUCGUCGCGCCGGCCGGCCCUCAUGCCAUACCAAGACCCAGUAGUAUCGUUGGCGUCUCGCAUAUUCUUCAUGGCCUACCACAUCCUCUUCUCUGACUCCCAGACGUGCGUGCUGACAGUGCCAAUGGCUGAACGCGUCGAACUAGCCAAAGGCUCUUCCCUGCCGUCCUCGGUAUACAUAGAGGUUCAGGGCGGCCAAAGUAUCGAGACAUACUACGCGUCAAUUACGCUCACGGCACAACUGCGUGGACUGCGCUGGCUGAUGUAUCACUAUCGUCUGCCAAUGUUUACGGCCGCCGUAUUUCUCUUUUGGGGAUCGGAAAUCUUGUUCAUGGCGGGUGCAUGGCUAUUUUGGUCCGUUGUGUCAGGCUCGAGCUCCUCAACCGUCGGACGCGACGCCGAAUCUUCGAAAUCGGCGAUGCGGAUUAAGAGAGAAGAUGGGAGUGGAGUUGAUGAGCUGUCAGACGCGCCGCGGACGUUCCCUACUUACGGCAAUCAGGCGCCGUUAAGAUACGAGCCCGAGAUUAAGGAAGAAGCGCAGCCCGGACCGCGGAUGGAGGACCUCGUACCACUUGGUGGUGAAGCUGAUGAUGAGGAAGAGGAUGACGGACGAGGUAGCUACCGGGGUGACUCAGGAAUCGGGACAAGCUAUAGCGAGGGGGGCUCCGGCAGCGUUCGACUCCAUUCAUUUGCAAUCACCCACUGGGACUCCGCCAGUCCACCCGACGUCACUCGAGCGAACCCCGCCGCCGUAUUCCGCCGCACCACUCACGAGCAUAGCCUGCCCGAACUCUGCGAACCAACACAACACGGCGCGCCGCCGCGAUCGAGCUCUCUCGCAACAAUGCCCUGCUACAAGGGCAUCGCCGUGAGCAUACACGCCAACGGGGCACCUCUUCCUGAGCAUGGCAUGCAGAAGCAAUCGCGUUUGUCACGCAUCAGCACCUACAUACCUGUUCCCCAACCGAGCAUCAACCCCGACUCCAACAAGCCGGAGCCCGCCAAGUUCGCCAUAUCCAUUACUCUCUUGACACCAGGCCUGCCGAUUCCUUACUCGACACCCAAGUCUACGGAUAGCAACCCUUAUCCCAAGCCCCAAUUCGUUGGAGGUCUGCCUACCGCCGCGCAUGGCCCCUCAAAGUUCUCUGGCGUUGUCAACCCCUACAUCCCCAUGACCAACUCCGAAAACGAAACGAUCGCCGCUUACAUCUACUUUGACGGAAGAACCAAGGAGGAGGUCGCCACGCUACUGAGGCCUGGCGAAGAGACAUGGGUGAACAGUCGCUGGGUUCAGGUCCCCGAUUCCGAGGGAGGUGGUUUGGCCGAACGAGAAUUUCUCUUCCGUGAAGUCGGUUUGGAGCGCUGGCUGAACGGCUUGGAUCUCCAGGGCCACGAUGCUGCAGAAAAGUUGGAGCGCCGUCGCCAAAAGUUCGAGAAGCGCCGCCGACGUCAAAAGGCCGCUACCCAGCCUUCCGGCAUGCAAGUUGAGGAGGGCCCCAAUGGCCCCCGGGAUACCCUUCGCUACGGCGCGGACGAUGGUUCUCCCGUCGAGGCUGUCUUCGGCGAGGACGAUUCCGACUCUUUGUCUGACGACGACGAGAUUCCCGAGGCAACUGGUCAAAUCAAGGUGCUCAUGUUUCGCGUACUAGCCUCCGGCGAGAUUAAGAAGGGCGAGUACUCGCCACAGUUUGACGCACACGAUGACGACGACGACUCGGGAAACCAGGGGAAUGGAAAAUCUGGUGUUGACGCCGACGUAGAGCAUACCACCAGUUUUGCUAAGCCCAAGACACUGGACCCGAAAACCAUCAGUACUCAGACGGUCACCGGCAUCGAUGGUCCGGAUAAGCCAUAUGCGUCUUUCACCUUUUUCUACCGUGGAGAGCGUCAACUCCAAAAAAUAGGCAUCAUCGCUUCCUCCAAGGCGGCACAAACAACACCAGGCUCUGCCAAGCGGCGGUCAGGCCAGCUAGAUUUCUCCAACCUGGGUCCUCUCAAAACGUCCGGUACUGUUGGCUUCUCUGCCUUCCGGGACCAGGAUACAGAGGCUGCUAAGAGGCGAAAGGCCCGCAAGAAGAGCAACGGCAACGUGGGAGGUGCCCUCAACGACGACAGUGAUGACGACGAUGACGAGAGCGAGCUCAUUGGAAAAAUGCAAGAUAUUGCAGACAAGGAUGUUGACAACAAGCUCGCGCCGGAGGACGUCCAGUUCCAAGGAGAACUCGCUGAUGGUGUGAACCGUAUUCACCUGAAGAGAGCACAUUCGGCCGAGCCGCCCGCCAACGCUGCGGGCGCCGCAAGCACUGCAGGCACAUCUGGCUCUCUCGCAGGCUCAUCGGCUGCCGCAACAGUCACGAGCGGCAACGGCCAGGCCACAACGGAUAAAGACGCUUCGGUAGAAUCAUCGAUUGGCAGCCCACUGAAGAAACAUCGGCCUAGCAUUAACGCUGGGGAUGGACAGGGCGUGCUCGCCAGCGGCUCCAACACGGGGUUUGACGACAUUCUGAAGCGUACUCCUGCACUUUCGGUGCCUCAGGCCUCGACUGCGCAGACAGAGGAAGAGGAACUGUGA